UCCAAAGCCAAAAUCGUUAUCUCUGGAGGAGAAACCCAUAUUCUCAAUAUGCAUUCUAUCGUCAUUUUCUUGGGAACUCUUGCAGCUACUGCAGCCGCAAUUCCUAUUGCCGUCUCCCCUAAUCUCUCCCACCUUCCUGCCCAAGCGCUCAAAGAUGGCAUGCCCAGUGAAGGUCUCAAUGUCAAAGCAAACAACGAAGAUGAACGUCGUAUCCAAGCUCGGAAUAAGACCUUAGUUAAUAUCCCUGACUUGGAUAAUCAAGAUUACGGAGCGUCCGCUCCCCUUGAUACUACACACGCCAACUAUAACAAGGAGAGCACCUACAACAAUCCUAACAACGGCUUUCUGAUUGUCCCAAGAGCAAAUUCAAAGUCAGGAGGCACGAAGGGAGGAACUUCAAAGUCGGGAGGAACUCCAAAGUCGGGAGGAACUCCAAAGUCGGGAGGAACUCCAAAGUCGGGAGGAACUCCAAAGUCAUCAGGAGGCACGAAGUCAGGAACUACGCAAGGAACCACGAAACCACCAAAAACCAACUCGGGAACUACACCAGGAACGAAGCCACCAAAAGGAAACUCGAAUACUACACCAGGAACCGUGAAGACAGCAAGCACAAACUCGGGAACUACGAAGCAACAGAAAACGAACUCAGGAACAAUGAAAUCAGGAACAAUGAACUCGGGAACAAUGAACUCGGGAACAAUGAACUCGGGAACAAUGAACUCGGGAACAAAGAAAUCGGGAACUACAUCAGGAACAACUAAAAAUACGAAUCCUAUGUCGCCAGCAAACAUGGCGAACCCAAAAAGAGGUACGGAUCAAGAGGUAGCAGCCGCCGACAAAAAGUUCAAUAAGGAAACUCUACGACCUAAGGACAAGGCCUAUAUAGACAACCUGGACAAAAUCAACAAAAACACCUGUGGUCCGGACUGCAAGAAGUCUGUGGACUCUUACAGAUCUGACUUGCACAAGCAAGAAGAGAAACAGAAGCUGAACCCAAAUACUAAACCGGGUAGUAGGGCAGACAGAAAUGAGAGCAACUCGCCAGAAGACACCUAUCAGCACAGACUGAAUCACGAGCGGCUGGUUAGGGGUGAUACUGGUACAGGGGCUGCGAAUCAACUUGCGUCGUGGCACUCGGUCGAAUCCAAUAAAAAGAAGGAGGCGGAGGCUGCCGCCGCCAAGAAGGUGGAGGAUAAGAAGAAGGAGGAUGAGAAGAAGAAGAAUGGUAAAUGAGGAAUUGGUUGGACCAGCGACUCGUGGAUGGUUACAUGUAGUUGGAAAUUUCAACCUCGUGAUCUUGUCGAAACACUAAACACUAGCUUUUAUUGAGUCGAUUCGUGAAC